AUGGGGCGGCCGCGGGGCUGCGGGCCGGCGCUCGCUGCGGUGCUGCUGCUGCUGCUGCUGCUGCUGUGGUGGCCGGAGCCCACGGCGGCCGCGGGAGAAUGCACCUCUCUGAAGAGACUUCACUACGCAGAGCCCAAGGAAAGCUACCAAAAGAUGCAGAGUUUUCCGUCUGGGACCACCGUGUCCUAUGUGUGCCGCCCGGGAUACAGGAGGAUCCCUGGGAAGUCCUUAGCUGUUACUUGUAUGGACUCGCAGUGGCUGGAACCAGAGCCCUUCUGCACAGAAAAAAGUUGUAGUCGGCCAGAGGACUUAGAACAUGGCUCGGCUCAUAUAGAGGAUCUUAAAUUUGGUUCAAGUAUUACUUUUUCAUGUGAAGAAGGGUACCGGUUACGUGGAGCUAGUGAAAUUUCCUGUGUAAUUAAAGGUGCAGAUGUUGGCUGGAGUGAAAAUCUUCCUUUCUGUGAACAAAUUCCUUGUAAACCACCUCCAAGUAUAGCCAAUGGGCUGUACGAUGAAAGAGAGAGCUACGUUUAUCAAACAACAGUCACUUAUAGGUGUGUUGAUGUGCCAAAAGGCAUGGAUCGCUUCUCCCUCAUUGGCUCAGACUCCAUUUUCUGCACACAUGAUGCAGACAACAAUGGAAUUUGGAGUGGACCACCUCCAGAAUGUAGAGUGGUUAAAUGUGAUAACCUGCAAGUUCAACAUGGAAAAAAAAUUACUGGGUUUGGGCCUUCCUACAGUUACAAGGACUCCAUUACAUUUGAGUGUGAUCCAGGCUAUUCUAUGAAGGGAAGUCAGACGAUUAGCUGCCUGGAAAAUAGCACCUGGCACCCCCCAAAGCCGACUUGUGUAAAAAAUAUGUGUGCUGCCCCAGAGAUCACAGAUGGCGAACUAAUUCCAUUGAAAACUCAAUAUAGCAAGGGAGAGUCUGUUCGGAUAAAAUGCAAUGCUCAGUGCACUCUUCCUGAUGGUGCUGGAGAGAUGACAGUAACAUGUGAAGGAGGUGAAACGUGGAGUUCCUUGCAAAACUGCACAUGUAGGGUUGUAGAUCCCAAUCCACACAUCAGUCAUGGUAGGAUAAUUGCUGGAUUAAAAUCUUCGUAUUCUGUAGGAGAUGUUAUUACAAUUGAAUGUUAUGCAGGCUAUACGUUACAUGGUGAAGCUAAUAUUCAGUAUUCUGGAGAAAACAGGUGGACGCCUGAGGUCCCCACUUGCCACUUAAGUGUGUAUAUUAUCGUCAUCAUCUGUGUAAUUGUGGCAAUUGUCGUGUCGCUGGCAGCCUUCUGGGUCUAUAAGAUGCUGUUCUCGCAGAAAGGGAAACGUGACAGCACUCCAUGUACUGCCAAAUAUACGAGCUGUACAGCAUGAAUGGCCUUUCCUGGGGGUGGGAGGGAAUUUGAAGUUAAAUAUGCCUGUCAGAAAUGAAGUGAUUGUACUCGCGUUGAGCUUCUACAGGGAAAUACCUUGUACCUCUGGCCUUGAAACCAUUGUUACAAUAUGUUCUAUAGUAGGAGAUUGUUAUUAGGAAAAAGUCAGAAUCUGUAUCUAUGCUUUUCUUUAUGGAGCAUUCCCCUUUUCUAUGUGUGAAAUUGCCUUUGAAAAGACACUUACUGUAGCGUGCAGGCCUUGUUGUGCAUUGGCACCGCUGUCGUAGCCCGGCUGCUGCCGCCUCCUGCCUUCACUCUUGCCUCUUUCCUUGCAGAAGACUGUUAGCUCUGCUCGUUAAAAUCUUAAUGUGCUUCUAGCUUGCACUUGAGACGAUGUAAAUGAUGAUGUGUGUUGUGUUCAUGUUUUAAUUAUUUAUUUGCUUAAAAGAUAGGUGCCUUUUAAGGCCCCUUUAUUCCAAAUUUCUCAGUAUAGCUCUCGAUGCACUACCUCUUUGUCUGCCAAAGUUUGCUUCUUUUUAUCUCAUGAAUUAAAUGGUGCCUUUGAAUCAGACUUCUGUAGUAUAUGUAUUUCUGGCCCUCUGGAUUGAUUCCAGGAAGGCUCCAGUGGAGCUGCUGGAAUAGAAAAGGGAAGGCUUCAGUUUGGCCCCUGCCUUCAAAUUUGGUGGGUUCUUGAUGGAAGAACGUGCUGAGAAACCCAGGGAGCCGCCUUUUGUUGGGAGCAAAAUGCCAUUUGGUAGGAUGCAGGCUUCACUUUUCCUUAGCAUCGCUGGCACAUUCAGAGGUAAUUAUGUUGCUUCUUAGGGUAGGAGGGUUACUGUAUGUAGCUAGCUUCCUUGCCUCUUCUUUUUUUUUCUCUUCCCUUUAAAAUCAUAUAUUACACAGAAUAUUCACACAGAAUAUUUCAGAUCUCUGUAUAUGCCCUAUUGUGCCAAGUGUAAAUCUGUAGUGCCGGGUAAUAUAGAUGUCCAUGGAGAAACGUGAACCUUCCCCUGUCUGACUUCCAGCUUUUUGUCUUGAAGGAAGCUGAGCCAGCCUAGUUGCAAGAGGGAAGGGUGGGUAUCCCGUGAGUGGGAAUGUCACUCUUUAGAUGGCUUAGGAAACGGUUUUGUCAGAUGGCAACUCCAGGAGCUCCCAUCGCAGAAAUAACACUGGAUUAACUCGGACUUGCACUGAUAGCUGUUUCUUUAAAUGCAUGCGUGUAAUUUCUGAUAUAACUCAAAACUGAAUUAGAACAGUUUUUGGCUUAGUGAAUUCCUGAGUUUGUAAUCAAAGAACACACAUGCACCUUGCAAGAAACACAUUUUUUUCAGGAAAAAAAGACCAAAUUCCCUCACUUCAGAUGGCUGAGGCGGCAUUAAAACUGUUCUUGCUUGUCUGUGGUAGAUUAGCUCUUGUUCUCACUGUUGUGAGCAGA